AUGUUUUUCUAUUUUAUUAUUUGUUUUACGUAUGCAGCUAUCACUAAAAAAUCUUUGAAAGGUAAAUCAUUUUAUUUAGAAGCCUUCAGAUUUAUAUAGCAAAUAUUUAGAGAUCGAUUUUGAAGUUGAGAGUGGUUCAGCUACAGGAUUGUUAAAAGAAUAGAAUAAUAUGUUUUAUCAAUUACUAUACUAAAAGGGAUUUGAUGAGAAAACAAUUAAAACAGACAAUAUCUUACUAAUUUGGCUUUAAGGAGGUCCUGGGUGCUCAUCUUAAAGUGCAUUUUAUGAAUUGAUUGGUCCAUUUCAUAUUGUUAAAUCAGAUGCUGAUUUUAUUAUUGAAAAAAAAAAUAAUAGUUGGAAUGAUUUUGCUUCAAUCUUAUUUAUUGAUCAACCUUUUGGAACAGGAUUUAGUUAAGGAGAUAUCUUAAUAAAUUCAACUUUAAAAGCUUCAGCUUAUUUUGUAGAAUUUAUGGUUGAAUUUUUUAAAGUUCAUCCUGAAUUUGGAUAAGCUCAAACCUAUCUGACUGGAUUUAGUUAUUCUGGUCAUUUUGUUCCUUUUUUUUCUAAUUGUUUGCUUGCUAGUGAUAUUAAAUUCAAUUACAAAGGAAUUAUUAUAGGAAAUGGAUUAUAAAGUGUGAUAAAUUAGAUAUCAUCCAUUUCUUCAUAUUUAUAUAUAAAUGGGUAUUUAAGUUAAGAAUAAAAGUAAAUAUCAUAGAAAAAAGAGAAUUAAAUAUAAUCAAUGAUCUUAAAGUACUAAGAGAAAUAAGCAGGAGCAGCUUUUACGUAAUACUCAAAGGAUUUAGAAAAAUUAACAAAAACAGAUUUAUCAAAUAUUUUAUUAAAACACUACGCUAAACGAUCAAAUGAUUGGAUUAGUUUUAUAAACAAAUAUAAAGAUAAAUUUGGAAUCUAAAAUAACAUUACAGAGGUUUGUAAUUAAUAAGUAAAAUAAUAAAUGGAAUCAGAUUUUUCUUUUGAUUUGACCAAAUAAAUCUAAGAAUUGCUUUAAAAAGGAACUAUACUAUUCUAUGAUGGUUAAAUGGAUGCAAGCAUAAAUCAUGCUGGAACUUUAAGUUGGAUAUCAAGUCUUCAAUCUGAAUACAUUCAUUAAUGGAAAUCAGAAAAAAAAUCCAUCUUUAAGUUUGAAGGAAGAACUGUUGGUAAUUUGAAAAAAACUUAAAAAUUUACCUCUGUCAUAAUCUAUAAUGCUGGUCAUACUGCUACUUUCGAUUAACCAUAAAUCAUAUAUCAAAUGAUGAAGCAUCACCUCAAUAAUGACUAUAAUUGGAGUUGAAAUUAAGGUAAUUAUGAAAAGAAUUAUUUCAUUUUAUAAAAAUGUUGAAUAGGG